AUGGAUGUUCCUAACAUGCCUUGUUUCUUCAUUUACCCAGAGCUGCCAAAGGCUGUGCUGACCAGCAGUCCUCAAUGGGGAGAGCUGUACACUGGAGAGACUGUCACCCUGAGCUGUGGGGUUGAGGGGCUUUUCACUGACUGGGAAUAUCUCUGGUACAAGAGCAGUCAGGGAGGCACAGAGAAGAUCAGAGACACCACUGGAGCCAGUUACACACUCAGCCCUGUCACAGAGUCCCAUAGUGGAGAGUACCAGUGUGAGGCACAAAGAGGAGAUCCACCACGUUCCUCUCAGCGCAGUGAUCCUGUUACACUGACUGUGUCUGAGCUGCCAAAGGCUGUGCUGACCAGCAGUCCUCAAUGGGGAGAGCUGUACACUGGAGAGACUGUCACCCUGAGCUGUGGGGUUGAGGGGCUUUUCACUGGCUGGGAAUAUCUCUGGUACAAGAGCAGUCAGGGAGGCACAGAGAAGAUCAGAGACACCACUGGAGCCAGUUACACACUCAGCCCUGUCACAGAGUCCCAUAGUGGAGAGUACCAGUGUGAGGCACAAAGAGGAGAUCCACCACGUUCCUCUCAGCGCAGUGAUCCUGUUACACUGACUGUGUCUGAGCUGCCAAAGGCUGUGCUGACCAGCAGUCCUACAUGGGGAGAGCUGUACACUGGAGAGACUGUCACCCUGAGCUGUGGGGUUGAGGGGCUUUUCACUGGCUGGGAAUAUCUCUGGUACAAGAGCAGUCAGGGAGGCACAGAGAAGAUCAGAGACACCACUGGAGCCAGUUACACACUCAGCCCUGUCACAGAGUCCCAUAGUGGAGAGUACCAGUGUGAGGCACAAAGAGGAGAUCCACCACGUUCCUCUCAGCGCAGUGAUCCUGUUACACUGACUGUGUCUGAGCUGCCAAAGGCUGUGCUGACCAGCAGUCCUCAAUGGAGAAACCUGUACACUGGAGAGACUGUCACCCUGAGCUGUGGGGUUGAGGGGAGUUUCACUGGCUGGGAAUAUCUCUGGUACAAGAGCAGUCAGGGAGGCACAGUGAAGAUCAGAGACACCACUGGAGCCAGAUACACACUCAGCUCUGUCACUCAGUCUCAUAGUGGACAGUAUCUGUGUGAGGCACAAAGAGGAGGUCGACCACGUUCCUCUCAGCGCAGUGAUUCUGUUACACUGACUGUGUCUGAGCUGCCAAAGUCUGUGCUGACCAGCAGUCCUCAAUGGAGAAACCUGUACACUGGAGAGACUGUCACCCUGAGCUGUGGGGUUGAGGGGAGUUUCACUGGCUGGGAAUAUCUCUGGUACAAGAGCAGUCAGGGAGGCACAGUGAAGAUCAGAGACACCACUGGAGCCAGAUACACACUCAGCUCUGUCACUCAGUCUCAUAGUGGACAGUAUCUGUGUGAGGCACAAAGAGGAGGUCGACCACGUUCCUCUCAGCGCAGUGAUUCUGUUACACUGACUGUGUCUGAGCUGCCAAAGGCUGUGCUGACCAGCAGUCCUACAUGGGGAGAGCUGUACACUGGAGAGACUGUCACCCUGAGCUGUGGGGUUGAGGGGCUUUUCACUGGCUGGGAAUAUCUCUGGUACAAGAGCAGUCAGGGAGGCACAGAGAAGAUCAGAGACACCACUGGAGCCAGUUACACACUCAGCCCUGUCACAGAGUCCCAUAGUGGAGAGUACCAGUGUGAGGCACAAAGAGGAGAUCCACCACGUUCCUCUCAGCGCAGUGAUCCUGUUACACUGACUGUGUCUGAGCUGCCAAAGGCUGUGCUGACCAGCAGUCCUCAAUGGAGAAACCUGUACACUGGAGAGACUGUCACCCUGAGCUGUGGGGUUGAGGGGAGUUUCACUGGCUGGGAAUAUCUCUGGUACAAGAGCAGUCAGGGAGGCACAGUGAAGAUCAGAGACACCACUGGAGCCAGAUACACACUCAGCUCUGUCACUCAGUCUCAUAGUGGACAGUAUCUGUGUGAGGCACAAAGAGGAGGUCGACCACGUUCCUCUCAGCGCAGUGAUUCUGUUACACUGACUGUGUCUGAGCUGCCAAAGGCUGUGCUGACCAGCAGUCCUCAAUGGAGAAACCUGUACACUGGAGAGACUGUCACCCUGAGCUGUGGGGUUGAGGGGAGUUUCACUGGCUGGGAAUAUCUCUGGUACAAGAGCAGUCAGGGAGGCACAGUGAAGAUCAGAGACACCACUGGAGCCAGAUACACACUCAGCUCUGUCACUCAGUCUCAUAGUGGACAGUAUCUGUGUGAGGCACAAAGAGGAGGUCGACCACGUUCCUCUCAGCGCAGUGAUUCUGUUACACUGACUGUGUCUGAGCUGCCAAAGGCUGUGCUGACCAGCAGUCCUCAAUGGAGAAACCUGUACACUGGAGAGACUGUCACCCUGAGCUGUGGGGUUGAGGGGAGUUUCACUGGCUGGGAAUAUCUCUGGUACAAGAGCAGUCAGGGAGGCACAGUGAAGAUCAGAGACACCACUGGAGCCAGAUACACACUCAGCUCUGUCACUCAGUCUCAUAGUGGACAGUAUCUGUGUGAGGCACAAAGAGGAGGUCGACCACGUUCCUCUCAGCGCAGUGAUUCUGUUACACUGACUGUGUCUGCUGGCAAGCCAAAGCCUGUCCUAACCCGGGUGCCUGCAAGAGAGAUAUUUGAAGGAGACAAAAUCACUCUGAGCUGUGCGGUUGGGGGCUCUGGUGGCUGGAGAUAUCUCUGGUACAAAGACAGUCAGAGAACUUCAGCACCUCAGACUGACAGCAGCAGUGGAACUGGAGCCGGAUACACAAUCAGUGCUGCUGCUCUGUCCCACAGUGGAGAGUACUGGUGUCGAGCUGGAAGGGGGAGCAAACCGUUUAACUCACAGUACAGCAAUGCUGUCAAUAUACAAGUAUCAGAACGACCCCAGGCUGUCCUGACCCAGGAGCCUGCAUGGACACAGAUAUACGAAUCAGAGAGAGUGACACUGAGAUGUGAGGUUCAGGGGGGUUACACUGACUGGAGAUUCAAAUGGUACAAAGCUGGGGGGAAUGCUCCAGUAACCCAGGAUUACUACAGCAGUAUAUAUGGUGACAGAUACACAAUUAGCUAUGCUACUCAAUACCACAGUGGAGAAUAUACCUGUAAAGGUGAAAGGACAGGUAACCCAUCGUUCUCUAAAACAAGCGAUGCUCUUACACUGAGAGUAUCAGCUGGCAAGCCAAAGCCUGUCCUGACCCGGGAGCCUGCAGAAGAGAUAUUUGAAGGAGACACAGUGACUCUGAGCUGUGUGGUUGAUGGGGGCUCUGGUGGCUGGAGAUAUCUCUGGUACAAAGGCAGUCAGCACAGCACUCCAGUGUACCAGACUAACAACAGCAGUGGAACUGGAGCCGGAUACACAAUCAGUGCUGUUGCUCUGUCCCACAGUGGAGAGUAUUGCUGUCGAGCUGGAAGGGGGAGCAAACCGUUUAACUCAGACUACAGCAGUGCUGUCAAGAUACAAGUAUCAGGGCUACCCCAGACUACACUCACCCUGGAGCCUCCAUUCCCAGAGAUAUGCACCGGGGAGACAGUCACUCUGAGGUGUGGGGUUAAGGGAGGUUCUGCUGGCUGGAAAUAUCUCUGGUACAAAGACAGUGAGGACACUCCAGUGCUCCAGACUGCUGGCCGCAGUAUAACUGGUGACAGCUACACAAUCACUGCAGCUGCUGUAUCUGACCAGGGCCAGUACUGGUGUCGAGGACAAAGAGGAGAUCAGCCACUCUACUCACAGCUCAGUGAUAAAGUAAUAUUAGUUGUGUCUGCUAGCGAGCCUCUGAACGUAGAUUGCAAUCACUCCAAAAAUACUACUGGAGAGGACACUAGAAGCUAUCUCCUUCAGAAUUUAAAAACUCUUUCCCCUAAUCCUAUUCUGUUCUCUGUUUCAGAGGUUUGUCCCAAGGCUGUCCUGACCCUGCAGCCUGCCGGGGCACAGAUAUUCACAGGAGAGACAGUCACCCUGAGCUGUGAGGUGGAGGGGGGCUCUGCUGGCUGGAGGUUUAAACAGUACAGAGAUGGACAUGAAAAGGCAUUGUGCACUGAUCAAUACAGUGGGAGAAAUGGUGAUCACUGCAAAAUCACUUAUGCUCAAGAGUCCCACGGUGGAGUGUACUGGUGUGCGUCUGGACAGAAGCACAGUAAUGCUGUCAACCUAACUGUGUCCAAUGAAUGGGUGAUCCUGCAGACUCCCACCCAGCCUGUGUUUGAAGGAGAUGCUCUGACUCUGAAGUGUCGUGUCCGCUAUAAUGAUCAUAUUACCAGGGUUGUCUUUUAUAAAGAUAAUAAAGAGUUACAGUCCCAGGCUGACACAGAGCUGAGUGUGGCUCGUGUUUCAAAGAGUGACGAGGGCUCCUACAAGUGCACAGCGUGGGGGUUGAGCUCCUACCAUUAUGGUGACUCUGCAGAGGUGCGGGUGUCAGUGAGAGAGCUGUUCUCCAGGGUGACUCUGACAGCAUCUCCAGGAGCCACAGUGAAGGAGGGAGAGGCUCUUAACCUGACCUGUGAGGCAGCAGUGAACAAAACCCCCCGCCCUGAACUCCACUACACCAUUGUGAGAGACGUGGAGCCUGUGACUAACAGCACUGACUCUGCACUGUACAGCAUAGCCAGCACUGAGAAGAGCCACACUGGGAACUACACGUGUGCUGUGGAGUCACAGGGAGUGAAGAAGAGCAGCCAGGAGCUACACAUUGAAGUGGAAAGUAACAACAAUCUCUACAGAUCAAAAAAGUCCUGGUUGUGGAUCAUUGGACCUCUCAGUGGCUCGCUUGUUUUGAUAAUUCUUAUUGUGGUCACAAUAUUGCUGUUCUACCGAUACAAGACCAAAGGUUUUCUGUUCAUUGCUGCCAAAUCAAGGCGCCCUGCAGAUCAGACUCCUGCACAGCUCUCGAGGGGAAUGGAGCUCUCUGGACUUGGACAACAGCCUGGUAACUCCACAGCAUCCAACCUAGAGAGUGUAUACACAGAAGUGAAGCCGUUUCAACAGAACAAAGCUGUGCAUGUCACUGACACCCCCUCAACAUCAAAUGGUGAUGACAUCCUUUACUCUGUGAUUGACUUAAAGAACAUAAAACCAGCUAAACCUAGAUCAAAACAUGACUGUGACGUCCUGUACUCUAAUGUCCUUGUCAAGAAACCAGAAGAUAACCCCAGUGCUGCAGACAACAAUGACGUCCUUUAUUCAGAGCUCGACAUGAGGAAUGUGAACAAGAAGAAGAAGAAGGGUAAAACCCUGGCAGGUAAACAACCUGAGGUUUUGUACUCUGAGAUCAACCAAGCAAAGCCCUCAGGCAAACCAGCAGCAGAUAAUGUAGAGUCCAUGUAUGCCGCAGUCCUCCCAAAGAAGAAAAGGAAGUAAAGAAUGAGGGUCCCCAGGGAUGGGAGCCAGCCUGAAUCCAGAGACACUGAGAAGGAGAGCAUGUCAGAGAUCACAGUCCCUCCUGAAUUUAGAGAAGAUCCCUGGGAUUCAGGCCUGGUCCUGGCUACUGAAUUGGUUUGUUGAUUUAGGACAGAGUUACUGGGCCAUUCUACAGAAAAGAAAAACAUUGUGCUUUUACUCUACAAACACAUUAUAUUUGUUAACAACAAUACAUACAAAUUAUAUAGGUAUUAUAAACACAGUUGUCAGUAAUAUUUUGGAACAUUUAAUUAAAGCUUUAAAUAUAAUUAACAUAAUAAUAUAUAAAUGCACAUGAUACAAGACAUGCAUAUGGUAUAUACAGUGCCGCCCUUUAUAAUACUGUAGUUGGGAGCCACAAUUUGUGUUCCGCCUUAUAGCCAGAGCACAGGUAGUACUGUAAUGGCAUUAUGGGGCAAAUAGGAGCCACGACAAUACCACUUUAUAACCUGUUCUGUGGUGUACCACAGAAUAACUAGAACAACCAUCUUAUAGUGAGGGAGCACAGUGUUAUUUAAAAUAGUCAUGGCAAAGAAAAUAAUAACAAUAACUAAAUAUAGAUGUAUUUAUUUUUCAAAUAGGGUGAUAUUUUGUUCUGCAUCUAUUGAAUGGCCCAGCUAACCUUGUGGUCCAGUGUAAAAACAAGAUAUAAAAAAACAACUUGGAGCUCUUAAUAUAACAAUUGACUUUUUUUUCUUUGUUUUUGUUGUUUUUAAAUAUAUUUUGGGUAAAAAAACUGUGGUGCAAUCUUUGAACUGGAGAAAAUGUUCAGUGUAUGUUGUUGAAUUUGUUUUAUUUGCUUUGCUGACUUGGAUCUGUGCAUUUCCAAGUGUAUAAACUGCUGCAAGCAAUCCGGGUUGCAAUGACAUAUAAUAGUAACAAGGCAAAUAGGAUAUACACACCUUAUACAAGUUUAGAUUAUCCAAACCCACAUAGGAUAUAUUUAAGUGAUAAGUACAGGAACCAUCAAGUAAAAGUGACUGUAAAACUAAAAGAAAGAUAGACAAACAUUUCAGAUGAUGCCUUUCAAUGUUGUAAAGCAUUAGCCAUGUCUGAUCCACAUGACGACAUCACAGAACUGUUGUUACGACUUUCCUUUUGGUGUGAUGAUGUUCUCCUCUAGAUAUAUCCUGUUUGCUUGUUCUUUUGGUGUGAUGAUGUUAUCCUCUAGAUAUAUCCUGUUUGCUUGUUCAUUUGGUGUGAUGAUGUCCCCCUCUAGAUAUAUCCUGUUUGCUUGUUCUUUUGGUGUGAUGAUGUUACCCUCUAGAUAGAUCCUGUUUGCAUGUUCUUUUGGUGUGAUGAUGUUCCCCUCUAGAUAUAUCCUGUUUGCUUGUUCUUUUGGUGUGAUGAUGUUCCCCUCUAGAUAUAUCCUGUUUGCUUGUUCUUUUGGUGUGAUGAUGUUACCCUCUAGAUAGAUCCUGUUUGCAUGUUCUUUUGGUGUGAUGAUGUUCCCCUCUAGAUAUAUCCUGUUUGCUUGUUCUUUUGGUGUGAUGAUGUUCCCCUCUAGAUAUAUCCUGUUUGCUUGUUCUUUUGGUGUGAUGAUGUUCCCCUCUAGAUAUAUCCUGUUUGCUUGUUCUUUUGGUGUGAUGAUGUUCCUCUCUAGAUAUAUCCUGUUUGCUUGUUCUUUUGGUGUGAUGAUGUUCCUCUCUAGCUAUAUCCUGUUUGCUUGUUCUUUUGGUGUGAUGAUGUUCCCCUCUAGAUAGAUCCUGUUUGCUUGUUCUUUUGGUGUGAUGAUGUUCCCCUCUAGAUAUAUCCUGUUUGCUUGUUCUUUUGGUGUGAUGUUCUCCUCUAGAUAUAUCCUGUUUGCUUGUUCUUUUGGUGUGAUGAUGUUCCCCUCUAGAUAUAUCCUGUUUGCUUGUUGUCUUCUCCUUUACAGUACUAGAGUGUUGUAUUCAUUCCGGAUUUCAGUCUCCCAUAAUCCCUUGAGUGUUGUUAAUAAACAUCACAACAACUUCUGUGCAGGGACCAAAAAGCUCCAGUGAAAUGAAAUAAGGGUUAGUUGUGUGAAACAGCUUGAUUUUGCUCUGACUAAACUAGGGAGAGGUGAUGCUCAGGGAAUAGUUUUACCAUAAACUGGGCUUCAAUUCAACAGCAAACCCGGGGAGAGUCUUGUGUCUAGUGUAAAGUUUAAAAAUGUUGGUCCACAAAUUUGUCUCUCUCAGCAGUUACUGUAGUUAUUACAAUGGGGAACAAAACAGUCGCCUCCACUGGAUUUGUAUAUCCAGCCUCUCGCUCAGGGAGAGUUCUGUAAUUACUCCAAAGGUAUCAAGCUGGUACCUGGCCACGUGUAAGGCAUUGUGGGCAACUGUGAAAACGUCUACGUUCAGAUGAUCAAUCAAACCUUAAACUGUCUUAAGAUAUUUCAAAAGAGUUUAUUUGAAAAGAAAAAUAGAUACCUGCUCCGUAACUGCUUGAAGAAUAUUGAAUUGAUCUCAGAGUGUGAAUAUAUAGAGCAGCUAAACUACUGGAACAGUGCAGGUACAGAAUAUUCAAAUGAUCUCUGAUUGUGACUCUAGAGCAGCUAAACUACUGGAACAGUGCAGGUACAGAAUAUUCAAAUGAUCUCUGAUUGUGACUCUAUAGAGCAGCUAAACUACUGGAACAGUGCAGGUACAGAAUAUUCAGAUGAUCUCUGAUUGUGACUCUAGAGCAGCUAAACUACUGGAACAGUGCAGGUACAGAAUAUUCAAAUGAUCUCUGAUUGUGACUAGAGCAGCUAAACUACUGGAACAGUGCAGGUACAGAAUAUUCAAAUGAUCUCUGAUUGUGACUCUAUAGAGCAGCUAAACUACUGGAACAGUGCAGGUACAGAAUAUUCAGAUGAUCUCUGAUUGUGACUCUAGAGCAGCUAAACUACUGGAACAGUGCAGGUACAGAAUAUUCAAAUGAUCUCUGAUUGUGACUCUAGAGCAGCUAAACUACUGGAACAGUGCAGGUACAGAAUAUUCAAAUGAUCUCUGAUUGUGACUCUAGAGCAGCUAAACUACUGGAACAGUGCAGGUACAGAAUAUUCAAAUGAUCUCUGAUUGUGACUCUAUAGAGCAGCUAAACUACUGGAACAGUGCAGGUACAGAAUAUUCAAAAGAUCUCUGAUUGUGACUCUAGAGCAGCUAAACUACUGGAACAGUGCAGGUACAGAAUAUUCAAAUGAUCUCUGAUUGUGACUCUAUAGAGCAGCUAAACUAAUGGAACAGUGCAGGUACAGAAUAUUCAGAUGAUCUCUGAUUGUGACUCGAGCAGCUAAACAACUGGAACAUUGCAGGCACGCUGUGUGUGCUAAUUUACUGUUAGUGGAGGGUUGGAGGGAUUGAGAGUAUUAUACUUU